UUUUUUUUCUCGUGUGUGCAGCAAUCACAGCGCGAGUCGGACGGAGGAGAUACGGAGGAGAUGGCUGCGGCGGGAGGGGGUGCCGGCGGCUCGUCGCCGUCGGGGACGAAGACAAAAAAGCUUAAAGUCGCCGUCAUCCAUCCGGAUCUAGGAAUCGGCGGUGCUGAGAGAUUGAUUGUUGAUGCGGCUUGUGAGCUUGCUUCCCAUGGACAUGAUGUUCAUGUUUUCACAUCACAUCAUGAUAAAAACCGUUGCUUUGAGGAGACUGUUUCUGGUCCUUUUCCAGUUACUGUUUAUGGAGAUUUCUUGCCCCGCCAUGUGUUUUACCGCUUUCAUGCUGUCUGUGCUUAUCUUCGAUGCAUUUUUGUUGCGCUCUGUGUGCUACUCUGGUGGCCCUCCUUUGAUGUUAUAUUGGUAGAUCAAGUUUCUGUUGUGAUUCCACUGCUCAAACUAAAGGCAUCAUCCAAGAUAGUGUUCUAUUGUCAUUUCCCUGAUCUUUUGCUUGCACAACAUACUACCAUGCUUAGGAGGUUAUACCGCAAGCCAAUUGACAUGAUUGAGGAGUACACUACUGGUAUGGCAGAUUUGAUUUUGGUCAACAGCAAGUUCACUGCAGCAACCUUUGCAAGGACCUUUCGUGCCGUACAUGCUAGAGGAAUUGAGCCUGGUGUUCUAUAUCCAGCUGUAUCUGUUGAGCAGUUUCAUGAACCUCAUGCUUAUAAGUUGAAUUUCCUAUCGAUUAACAGAUUUGAGAGGAAGAAGAAUCUUGAUCUAGCCAUUUCAGCAUUUGCUUUGCUCCGUUCUGGUGGUGCUUUGCAAGAUGCAACUUUAACAGUAGCAGGUGGCUAUGAUAAGCGUCUCAAGGAAAAUGUUGAUUACCUUGAGGAGCUCAAAAGAUUGGCGGUGACUGAAGGGGUGUCUGGACAGGUUAAAUUUGUAACGUCGUGCUCAACGUCUGAAAGAAAUGAGCUUCUCUCCAACUGCCUUUGUGUUUUGUACACUCCAAAGGAUGAACAUUUCGGCAUUGUCCCUCUUGAAGCCAUGGCGGCCCAUAAGCCUGUCAUUGCAUGCAACAGCGGUGGCCCAGUGGAAACAGUUGUGAAUGAAGUUACAGGGUUUCUGUGUGAUCCAUCCCCCGCAGAAUUCUCAAAAGCCAUGCUGAAACUUGUGAAUGACCCUGACCUCGCGCUCAGGAUGGGUAAACAAGCACGAGACCAUGUGGUGCAAAAAUUCUCCACGAAGACAUUUGGUGACCUCCUCAACAGCUAUGCCCUGAAUGUCUACCAUGAGAGGAUGGAGUGAUCUAUAAUACCUAAUUCCAUGUCAACAAUGCCAUGUGGAAACAGUUUGAACAAUACAGCAUUUUUUUUUUGCAUUUUUGCAACUCAUCUGACUUUGAUGUGCAGACAUGAUGCUAAUGCCCUUAGGCAGACUCGAGUGACUUGCUUAUCUGUUUAUUGUGUUUACUUAGUUAAUCAAAUUCGCCAAAUUCAUCC